AUGUCUCGAAAACACCGGCGCGGCCAACAUCAGGCCCCGGCGCAACAAGGCAAUGUCAGUGAUGAGAUGCGAGACCUCACGACGCAGGCCAUACAGGCCGACCCAAGCAACAUCACCAUCGCAGGUAGUGGCCAUUUCGCACAGCACUUCAACAUGCAGAGAAACGCAAGCCAUACGGCCCAGCCACAACGCCAACACAUGCAAGUACCUGGGCCCCAGCGGUCAUCGAGGAGGAACAAAAAUAACCGAGCAGAACCAUACUCGAGAACCCCAUCGCACCCAGAAUCCUCGCCGGCCCCCCGCCGCGAUGGCAUAGAUAAGCGCAAGGGGCAGGGCAGCCAGGGAAAGCCCUCCCCACCACCACAACCCUGUCCCAACUGCGGCAAAGACCAUCCUUUAAAGUACUGUCCUUACCCCAAUACAGAGGAUGGAAGACUACAGGCCUGUUUCAUGUGUAACACGACAGACCAUGCGUGGUUCCGGUGCAGGAAAUACAAGUACAACCAGCACAGGGUGUUCCACAGCGUCAUUGCAGAUCGACAAGGUCUCUGCCCCAUUGUGCACAACAUGGAAGCACACCACGUCUGGCAAUGCCAUUUUCAGUCCGGUGAUCGGAAGACUCGGGCUUUGACUCUGCAGCGGCCUGGUCCAUGGACUCCACAGUUCACGGUGCGCAUGUGGAAGAACGGAUCUCGUAGCACCGAAAUCAAAAUGCAGCUGGACCAGGGCCGCAAGCUUCCCUGGCACCUUUCUACGGCCGACUUGACAAACGUUGAAGAGCGCCUCAAGCGCGUCGUUCUGGAUCCAAACACCAACCCGAUGUCAGAAAACGUCGUUUACCAGGGCACAAUGACUAAGACUGACGACAUAAUCAAGUUAAUGCAGCCGAAAACCCCUUCCGGCACCAAGUCCCUGUCAUCAGGAGGUCGGAGGCUUCUGCAUCACGCGGCAGGUACAGACCCCCGACCCUGCAAUAAUUGCAGUCUUGUCGGCCAUUCCUGCAAGGAGUGCCUCUCACCCUGCACACAGUGUGGUGAGCGAAUGAACCACGGCGACCACUUGAAGGAAUGGCUUAACGGCAGAUGCCGCUACCUCUGCUGGUGCUCUGAGAGACCUGGUCACCCAUACUGGAAAUGCACGCGGCCCUGUCGGACCUGCAUACUUUUCUUGGAAGAUAAGAAUAAACACCAACCGGUUGGGGAUUGCCCGUGGCACUGCGGAGUACACCCCAAGGACACGAGGAUCAUGGGCGCCGACGAACACAAUGUCUGCAUCGAGUCUCUAGAUGGAGUGUGUCAGGAAUGCAAUGAACGCGGUGCCCACUGGCCUCAAGACUGUCCUCAAUUCCUGCGCAGAUUAUGCAUGGUUUCUGACUGCAAGAUUGAGAGCUGCCUGGAACACUGCAACAGCUGUGGCAUGGGGAGGCCCGACGGGCAGCAAACUUUCACAUACCUAAAAGAACACUGCAAUGCCACUGAGUCCGAUCUUGAGCCACUGAGACAAAUCAGCAUCCACUGGCACAAUCUGAUACACGGCCAAUGGGACCGUGUUUUUACGGAUGACAUAUCUGGAAACAAGCCGUGGAGCAUCCUGAGGUGCAAGAAGCACCCCGCCAAAGAGUUCAAGGUUGAAGAUCUCAACCAGAUUCGCCUCAACACCCUCAACCGGAUGAUCGAGAAGCUGAGGUCCGGUGCUUCAAUACAAGAUCAGGCCACUGUCAAGGUUCUGUCCUUCCCCGAAUGCCCGGACUGCUUCCUGGAGGUCAUGGGCGGCAAGGCCAACUACGUCGAGCGGACGCCGGCGUAG